CUCCAUUUGAUCUCGUUCUUUCUCUCUCUCUCUCUCUCUCUCUUUCGAUCCAUUUUCCAAAGAAAUCCUGAGACUAAUUGCUUCUCCAGCAACCCAUGCAUACCUUUUCCAAUCCCAUGCAUUUUAAUUUCGUGCCUCUGAUUCCAUAAUAAACAUGUUCAUCUUCUUCAAUCAAGCAAGAUUAAAUGUUCUGAUUUUUCUCUUGGGUUUUCUUCAAAGCAACAUGGGUUGGUUCCGUUUAUUUGCUCUGUCACAUGUUGCAUUGAGCUUUUCUAAUUCUCAUUGAUCCAAGACUAACACAAGGGAGACAAUUACGACGAUUAAUCGAAGAAAGUUGCGAAUGAGGGCCUUUCGUGACAAUAUGGGAAGGCCUUUCAUGAAGAUUGCAGCAUGCCGCAACCAAUCCUGGUUUGUAUGUGCCUCAUUUUUAUUGUGGUUUUUAUUGCUUUGCGUGUAUCACUCACAAUUCAUGGUGGGGAAGAACCUGAUUGCCCUGUUAGGCAAUCACAACCCUGACAUUGCUGACAAUGUCGCCAAAGAUUCUGGUUCUGUUGAUUCUGUUUCUUUGCCUAAAGAAAUUACUGAAAGUAGUAGCACCAAAUUGAGAGAUGAAGGCCAUCAUAUUAAUGUUGUUUUCAAUGACCGAAGUGGGGAUUUUAAUUUGAGAACCAAAGAUGUUUUCGGUAUUCAAGAACAUGGCAUUGAAAAUUUCGGGCAACAUUCAGUUUCUAAGAAGGAAUUAGAGCCUCAUGACCAUAAUGAUCAGGCACGUGAUCUUAUUGAGAAUGAAGCUCAAUCUGAUAAGAAUUUGGUUGAGUCUGUUGAUCCAGAGGAACAUAUAGACGAAAGGGUUGAAUCUACUUCUGAUUCAUGCUUAGGUAAAUACAUUUAUGUCCAUGACAUCCCUAGCAAAUUUUACAAGGACUUGCUGCAGAAAUGUGGUUCACUUAGCAAUUGGACUAAUAUGUGUGAUUUUGCAUCAAACUCUGGUCUUGGCCCCCAUCUACCGAAUUUUGAGAGAGUCUACUCAAAUACUGGUUGGUUUUCUACAAACCAGUUCUUGUUAGAGGUCAUAUUCCACAACAGAAUGAAGCAAUACAACUGUUUGACAAAAGACUCAUCCCAAGCUUCAGCAAUCUUUGUACCUUACUAUGCUGGCCUAGACGUGGCGCGGUACCUCUGGGGUUCCAACAUGUUUAUGAGAGAUUCUGGUUCACUUGAAAUUGUCAAGUGGCUGAGAGAAAAACCAGAGUGGAACAAAAUGUGGGGUAGAGAUCAUUUUAUGGUGGCAGGAAGAAUUACUUGGGAUUUUAGGAGAUGGACCGACACUGAUUCGGAGUGGGGUAACAAGCUCAUGCUCUUGCCUGAAUCAAAAAACAUGACCAUGUUGACAAUUGAAUCAAGCCCUUGGAAUAGUAAUGACUUUGCCAUACCAUAUCCAACAUAUUUUCACCCUUCAAAGGACAAUGAGGUGUUUCAAUGGCAGAACAGAAUGAGGAGGCAGAGAAGGCGCAUAUUGUUCUCAUUUGCAGGUGGCCCCAGGCCUAAUCUUCAAAGCUCAAUCCGAAACGAAAUCAUUGACCAGUGUAGGGAUGCAAGGAGGAAAUGCAAGUUGCUAGAAUGCACUUCUGGUCCAGACAAGUGCCACAAGCCGGUGUUUGUGAUGAAAAUGUUUCAAGGUUCUGUGUUCUGCUUACAGCCUCCUGGUGAUUCUUUAACUAGGAGAUCAAUUUUCGAUUCGAUUCUGGCUGGCUGUAUUCCGGUGUUCUUUCAUCCCGGUUCAGCCUACGUCCAAUAUCUGUGGCAUUUACCAAGAGACUACACCAAAUACUCUGUGUUUAUACCGGCAUUUGACAUAAAGAAUGGGAGGGUCAGCAUUGAGAGGAUCCUGCAAAGAAUUCCAAGACAAAAAGUUGUGGAAAUGAGAGAAGAGGUUAUAAAACUGAUACCGAAAGUGAUAUAUGCAGACCCAAGUUCUAGAUUGGAGACUCUUGAGGAUGCAUUUGAUAUUGUAGUUAAGGGGGUUCUUGAAAGAGUGGACACAAUCAGGAGGGACAUGAGAGAGGGGAAGAACACAAGUUUUGAUUAUGCAGAAAAAGUGAGCUGGAAAUACAAUCUGUUUGGGACAGUGGAGGAACAUGAAUGGGAUCCUUUCUUAGAAAGGGGUCAAAUGUAAAUGCCUUAGACAGCAGAAAAAAGAUGCAGGAUUAAUUUGUAGUUGUACACAAAGAAAAAGUAAAAAGGUAAACUAGUUUGUUCUAUGCAAACAGACUUUUUCUUUUC